GCCAAAGGGAACUCCGGGUGCCCCUGUCGCGACAUUGCUGACACGCUCCCGCCCCUCCUCCCGCGCGGUGCUCGCUGGGUGCUGUAGUCCCGGGCCCGGCGGAGGAUUCUUCCCGCUCUCGAAUCCCUCCUGGAGCACAAGUUCUGCUCGUAAAUGCAGCCAAGGAGCUGAGUGUAACCCCAGGUGUGUGCACAGGGCCCUGGCCACGAGGAAGAGUUCCCUGGUUUGCUGGUGAGCCCCAGCUGCCUUCCUGCGGUGAGGAUAAAGGGCCAUGGCUGAGCGGGUGCUGGUGAUCGGCAGCGGCGGCAGGGAGCACGCCCUGGCCUGGAAGCUGGCCCAGUCCCCACACGUCAAACACGUGUUUGUGGCUCCAGGAAACGCAGGGACAGCUGACAAUGGGAAGAUCUCCAACUCAGCUGUUCCAGUCAGUGACCACGCUGCUGUUGCCCAGUUCUGCAGGGACCAGGACAUCAGGCUGGUGGUGGUUGGUCCUGAGGUUCCUCUUGCUGCUGGAAUUGUGGAUGACUUGACAGCAGCUGGGAUCAGGUGUUUUGGCCCCACAGCAAAGGCAGCUCAGCUGGAGUCCAGUAAAAGCUUUAGCAAAGCCUUUCUGGAUCGUCACGAGAUCCCCACUGCCAGAUGGAAAUCCUUCACCGACCCCAAGGCAGCGUGUGCCUUUAUCAACAGUGCCACCUUCCCAGCUUUGGUUGUCAAAGCCAGUGGCCUGGCAGCUGGCAAAGGAGUCAUCGUGGCUUCCACCAAGGAAGAGGCCUGCAAAGCUGUCACUGAAAUCAUGCAGGAUAAGAGUUUUGGCGCAGCUGGGGAAACUGUUGUUGUUGAAGAACUUCUUGAAGGAGAAGAAAUUUCUUGCCUGUGUUUCAGUGAUGGUGUCACCAUCGCUCCCAUGCCCCCCGCCCAGGACCACAAGAGGCUGAUGGAUGGAGAUGAGGGCCCCAACACAGGAGGGAUGGGAGCUUAUUCCCCAGCUCCUCAGAUUUCUAAAGACUUGCUGCAGCAGAUAAGAGAGACUGUUCUUCAGAAGACUGUUGAUGGCAUGAGGAAAGAAGGUGUCCCCUAUUUGGGUGUGCUUUAUGCUGGAUUAAUGCUCACCAAAGAUGGGCCUAAAGUUCUGGAAUUUAACUGCAGAUUUGGUGACCCAGAGUGUCAGGUGAUUCUGCCCCUGCUGAGGAGUGACCUGUACGAGGUGAUGCAGGCAGUGAUCAACAGGAGGCUGGCCAGCUCCAUGCCAGUGUGGAAGGAGGACAGUGCAGCUGUGACUGUGGUCAUGGCCAGUCAAGGCUAUCCGGGGUCAUAUCCCAAAGGCUUGGAAAUAACAGGGCUGGCCCAGGCCAGGCAGCUGGGGCUGGAGGUGUUCCACGCGGGCACAGCGCUGCAGCAGGGCCGGCUGGUGACCAGCGGCGGCAGAGUGCUCACGGUCACCGCGCUCAGGGAGGACCUGCCCGCCGCGCUGCGCGACGCCAACCUGGGCGUGGCUGCCAUCCACUUCCAGGGGGCCACCUACAGGAGGGACAUUGGCUACCGGGCCAUAGCCUUCCUCAGGCAAUCCAGAGGCCUGACUUACAAGAACAGUGGGGUGGACAUUGAAGCAGGGAACACUCUGGUGCAGAAGAUCAAACCCUUCGCUGCAGCCACAUCAAGGUCAGGCUGCAAUGCAGAGCUGGGAGGGUUUGCUGGGCUCUUUGACCUGAAGGCAGCUGGUUACAGAGAUCCCAUCCUGGUGUCUGGAACCGACGGCGUCGGCACAAAACUCAAGAUUGCACAGGAGUGCCAGAAACACGACACCAUCGGGCAGGACCUGGUGGCCAUGUGUGUCAAUGACAUCCUGGCCCAGGGGGCAGAGCCCCUCUUCUUCCUGGACUACUUUGCCUGCGGCAAGCUGGAUGUGGAGGUGGCUCAGGGCGUCAUUGCAGGCAUUGCUGAUGCUUGCAGGAAAGCUGGAUGUGCUCUCCUGGGAGGAGAAACGGCCGAGAUGCCGGGGAUGUAUCCCCCUGGGGAGUACGACCUGGCCGGCUUCGCCGUGGGGGCCGUGGAGCGAGGGCAGAUGCUGCCCCAGCUGGACAGGAUCACCGAGGGGGACGUGCUCAUCGGGGUGUCAUCCUCUGGGGUGCACAGCAACGGCUUCAGCCUCGUGAGGAAGAUCGUGGAGAAGUCCUCCCUGGAUUUCUCCUCCCGCGUCGGGGUCUCCGGGGAUCAGACUCUGGGAGAACUCCUGUUAACCCCAACCAAACUCUACAGCAAGACUCUGCUGCCCGUGCUGCGCUCGGGCCACGUCAAGGCCUACGCCCACAUCACUGGAGGGGGCCUGCUGGAAAACAUCCCCAGGGUUCUCCCAGACUCCUGUGGUGUCGUUUUAGAUGCUCUCACCUGGAAGAUCCCUGAAAUCUUUUGCUGGCUCCACAAGGAAGGGAACCUCUCUGAGGAGGAGAUGGCUCGGACCUUCAACUGUGGGCUUGGAGCAGUGCUGGUGGUGCAGAAGGAGAUGGCCCAGCAGGUCCUCAGGGACGUCCAGGCACACGAGACCGCCUGGCUCAUCGGCAAAGUGGUGUCCCUGCAGAAAGGCUCUGACAGUGUUAAAGUCCUCAAUCUCCAUCGGGCCCUGCAAGCAAACAGGUCCCUGAGUGUGCCCAGCCACAUCCAGGGCAAGAUCCACACGGGCAAAGUGAAGGUCGCUGUCCUCAUCUCUGGAACAGGCACAAACCUGGAAGCCCUCAUCAACAGCACGAAGAAAGACACCAGCUAUGCACAGAUAGUUCUGGUUAUCUCCAACAAACCUGGUGUGGAGGGGCUGAGGAAAGCUGAGAGAGCUGGGAUUCCUACAAGGGUGAUCGAGCACACGAGGUACCAGAGCCGCGAGGAGUUCGACAGCGCCGUGGACAAGGUCCUGCAGGAGUUCUCGGUGGAGCUGAUCUGCCUGGCCGGCUUCAUGCGCAUCCUCUCGGGGCCCUUUGUCAAGAAAUGGGAAGGGAAAAUUCUGAACAUCCACCCGUCGCUGCUGCCGUCCUUCAAGGGAGCGCACGCGCACAGGCUGGUGCUGCAGGCCGGGGUCAGGGUCACGGGCUGCACCGUGCACUUCGUGGCUGAGGAGGUGGACGCCGGGGCCAUCAUCUUCCAGGAGGCCGUGCCGGUGAAGCUGGGGGACACGGAGGCCACGCUGGCGGCGCGCGUCAAGGAGGCCGAGCACCGCGCCUUCCCCGCCGCGCUGCAGCUGGUGGCCAGCGGCGCCGCGCGCGUGGGCGACGCGGGCAAGAUCUGCUGGAAGUAGGGCCCGGCUGUGCCCCCUCCUGCCUCACGUCAAAUCCCAGGAAAGCCGGCAGUGGGAAUUCCGGGGCCGUUCCCAGAGGGUGCAGCCAUGGCUCCUGUAAGCGCUUCCUAGUUCUCAUCCCUUCCUUGUGAGCAGCAGGUCCCAAAAGUUUGGUUCUCAGCCGCUCUCCUAACGACACCAAUGCAGCCACAUGCAUCUGGGCAGACACCAAUGCAGCCAGGUGCAUCUGGGCAGACACCAAUGCAGCCAGGUGCAUCUGAGCAGCCAGGUGCAUCUGAGCAGACACCAAUGCAGCCAGGUGCAUCUGGGCAGACACCAAUGCAGCCAGGUGCAUCUGGGCAGACACCAAUGCAGCCAGGUGCAUCUGGGCAGCCAGGUGCAUCUGGGCAGACACCAAUGCAGCCCGGUGCAUCUGAGCAGACACCAAUGCAGCCAGGUGCAUCUGAGCAGACACCAAUGCAGCCCGGUGCAUCUGGGCAGACACCAAUGCAGCCCGGUGCAUCUGAGCAGACAAAUGCAGCCAGGUGCAUCUGGGCAGACACCAAUGCAGCCAGGUGCAUCUGGGCAGACACCAAUGCAGCCAGGUGCAUCUGAGCAGACACCAAUGCAGCCAGGUGCAUCUGGGCAGCCCUGGGGCCAUCAGGGCUGCUCCCUAACGGGACCCUCCUUGUGUUGGGAAGUGUUGCAGAGGGAAACCACAAUGGUAGAGAGACAAAGGCAGCGACCUCCACUCUUAAAACCUCAUCAAACCAGGAAAACCUGGCCUCCCAAAACACCAAGUAUUGGAUCUUUCUCCAUUUGUUUCCUGGUUUGAUGGUGGUGGAUCCUGUCCUGCCCAGGCCCUUGAUACACCCUGGAUUUCCAAACCUGAACCUGCUGUCAGCAGGAUUCAGUGCCUGCUGCCCCUUUUUCCCUCAGCAUUCUCAUGUGAAUUCCCAUGAAUUCCCCUCAGAUUUGGGUUUUUAUUUUUUUACACGAGCAAAAAGACCUGACACAAAACGUGUCCUUGGCCUGUGAAACAUUCCUCAGGAAUUCUGAAGUGCCUUUAUUCUUGGACCAGUGUUUUCAUCUGGAAUAACGCUGAGGGACACCCAGGAAUUACGAAUAUUUGGAAAACAAUUGGGGUUUUUGUGCAGCUCAACACUUGCGGUUUUCUUUUAUUAUUUUAGUAUAGUUAUGGAACUGUUUUAAUGUCCUUACUGAAAGGAUCAGGUUUCCCACACACAAAGCAGACGAGGUGGUUUAGAACUCCCCUUUAACACAGAGAAAGCUGAUUUUAUUCUGGGCUCUGAUGUCCUGAUGGUACUCCCAUGUUGGCAAAAUCAUCUCCUUUGGGAUUUGAAAUAAAGCCUAAUAAAGUUUAAAAAAAUUUUAAAAUC